UUUCGUUUCUUUUUCGUCCCGGUGACCACGGUACCAUGUGUUUCAGAUUCGGUGAUGGAGGUGCUCGUCGUGGGCGAGUCAGACCACCUACAGAUCGGAGCCGGGUCGGGCGAAAGAUGUGAUGAGGGUGACGAUGGUGCUGACGAUGACGGUGGCUUUGUGGUUUUGUGGGUUGGGUAUUCCCGUCUGGGAUGCAUAUAUAAAGGUGUUGGGUUCGCUGUGUUUUGGAUCUUUAUUUCCAGACCCUGUCGACCACGAGUCAAAGGAACAAGACCCUGAAAACCCCGGCGGUUCGCGAAAUACAGCCUUGCUUAGAUCACUUCUUCAGUUUGCCUAAACCAUGAACUCUAUUUUUGAUACCGACCGGCCUAUCAAGCAUGUCAGUCGGAAGGCCAUUUAUACGCGACUGGAAGCUCGAAUCGAUUAUCUUAAGAGCUUUCUCGACUUCAAUACGGAUGACAUCGAGGCCCUUGAAUCCGGAAACAAAUACAUCAAAGCAUUAAUCCCUGCUGUCGUCAACAUGGUCUAUAAGAAACUCCUCGAGCAUGACAUUACCGCGCGAGUAUUCAUGACAUACGACACCUCGAACGAAAAACCCAUCGAAGACUUCUUCAACGAGGAGAGUCCCCAGAUCAAACGGCGCAAGAUGUUCCUCCGCUGGUACUUGAUCAAGAUCUGCUCGGACCCGACACAGAUGGAAUUCUGGCGAUAUCUGAAUAAAGUUGGGAUGAUGCACUGCGGUCAAGAACGGCUAUACAAACUCAACGUCGAAUACAUCCACAUCGGCGCCUGUCUCGGCUACAUCCAAGAUAUCUUCACCGAAGCCCUCAUGUCGCACCCCCAUCUCUCCCUGCAACGCAAAGUCGCCCUCCUCCGCGCAAUCAACAAAAUCGUCUGGAUCCAGAACGACCUCUUUGCGAAAUGGCGCAUCCGCGACGGCGAGGAAUUCGCCGAUGAAAUGUCCGAAGUCAUCAUUGACGACAAAGAAGGGUAUCUGGGUGAUAAGAAGAUCCUUGGCGACGGGAGUACAUCUGGCAGCUCGACUGACGAUGAUCGGUCGAGUUUAAAAAGCAGUAUUGUUCCGCCUGGGCAUUCGAUAGCGCCGUCUCCGGUGUGUCCAUUUACGGGCGCUUCGAAGGGGGAUUCGGGUACGGAGACGAAGAUUUGGGCGGAGUAGAUGGUUUCUUUAAAAGCGAAGCAUGGCGUCGGGUGUUUUCCUUUAGCGUUAUUGUUCUGGUCGUAAUUGUAUAAUCAUACAUAAUACUCUACCUGUACAGUAUCAAUGAACUGAUUACCCAAAGUGGAAAGAUGCAUAAUACACAGGUGUGGAGAUACAGACCGUUUUCUAUUCCCAUUGAGUUCAAGACCAACUCGAGACAUUAUUAUGCCUUGAUAAGGGAAAGAGGAAAGAGACACUGUCUAAGACUGUGUACGAGUAAUUAGACUACUAGUAUACAAUUGAAGUAAAAUGAC